UCGUUGUGGUCAACAAAACAUCCUUCUCAAGCUUAUCAGGCGCCUACCUGGACGACAUCACUCCUACGGCAACACCUUCCGCUCCCCCCGUUCCGCCAUGCUCAAAAUCGCCCUCACCCUCAACGGCACCGGCACCCUUGUCGGCUCCACAUCCGGUUUCAUCCUCACGGGCGAGGCUACUUUCAGCCGUCUGCAGCUGUACGCACCGGUUGGAAGCCAGACGCUGCACGUGAAGCCCACAAGCGCGUCGUACGAUCCGGAGCUGUACCACGCGGCCGUGACGCUGAAUACGCUGCCGUGCGCGACGAAGGGGAUGGAGGAGAAGGUGGUGGAGGCGAGUCCGUGGGCGGCGUGUGUGCUGUCGGUGUGUGCGGGCGGGUGUUUGUCGGAUUAUGGGUAUUGUCGGGAUAACUUCUGCAUAUGCACGGCGGCGGAUCGUGAAGGGAUCAACUGUGGCCUCAAAAAAGGCAGCCGCGACGCCGUCAGCCUAACCCUCCCCUCCACCUGGGUCCCCAACGCCGUAAACCGAGACAAACUCCUAUCCUCCAUCACAGCCAGCCUGAACGGGACAGCUACGGCCGAGUUCCGCUCCUACACCAGCACCCAAUCCGCCAACAGCACGAUUCAACGACGCGGCACAUCCACUAAUGUCUUUACAUUCGCCCUGCUUGAUACGCGCGGGCAGUAUAUCGAGAGCAAAGCGCUGGCGACGUACGGUGCCGCUACCGUCAAUGCGCUUCCGGGAGUUGUGAGUGGGAGCGUGAGCGUGAACACGGUGGAGUCACCCAAGGUCGUAGUGGCGAGCAGGGAUGCUGUCAGUAUCGUCUUCAUGGUACUUGCGGCGGUAUCCAUCGCCACGUCAGUUGCGAUUUCUGUGUUCUUGGUGGUGUAUCGUGAUGAUAAGGCAGUCAAAGCGUCGUCAAUCCUUUUCAGCCAACAGAUCAUCUUUGGCGUCACGCUUGGCUACGCUCUGAUUUUUCUCGAUAUCGGCGAGCCAACGAAGGCGACCUGCAUUUCACAAGUAUGGGUUGGCGGGCUUGCUUUUACACUCGCUGUCGGAAACCUCAUCGGCAAAAACUGGCGCAUCUACAAGAUCUUCACGACGACGGGCAAGUCUAAGGCGGUGAAGGACAAAGAUGUACUGAUCCUCGUCAUGGGAAUCAUGCUUUUGGAAAUCGCCAUCGACGCGAUAUGGACAGGACUAGCCCCACUCGAGCCAGUGCUAAAAUCUAACGACUCAAGCCGAUUCUACAUGUGCGACUCCGAUGCGGCGGCAAACUCGGCCAUGACGAUUAUUGCGCUGACCUACAAAGUGAUUCUUUUGCUCAUCGUCUGCGGGCUGGCGUUUCUGACGCGAGGCGUGGAUGUGCUGUAUAGCGAGAGCAAGGCCAUUGGGGUGUCUUCAUGUAAGUGUGAUGUCCGGUUCUCGAUCCUCAUUUAUCCCUGCUUGACGGAUCUCCUCACCCCUUUCUACAGAUACGAUGCUCCUAUCCGGCCUAAUCAUCAUCCCCCUCGUCUUCCUCCCCCAAACAACCUCCAAAUCCUCCUUCUACCUCAAAUCAACCGGUAUCCUCAUCUCAGGCCUCGUAACAACCUUCUCCCUCUUCUGGCCCAAACUCUGGCUCGCCGUCUUCACCGACAUGACUACACGGAGCAUUUCCCGAACGUCCAAGCGGCGCGGGAGCAGGAAAGCGCGAUCGCAGACGGGCGGCGGGCAGAGAGGGUCGAUUAUCUCGGGGGAGAGCGCGCGGUCCGGCAGCACCACGCAGUACCAGGGGCAGCCGACGGAGGAGGAUACGAGGGUUGUGCAGACGCCGGCGGACUGCUCGUUGUAUGUGAGGAGUGGGCUUGUGGGGAGGUUUCAGGCGGGCGAGAUUUGGAUGGAUAUCGAGACGAAUAUUAUUUUCGUUUGGCGGGUGUCAAAGGAGGGGACGCGGGGAGAUAUCCCAACUUCAGGCGUAUCCUUCCGCCUACAACAUCUGAAACUCUGCAGCUGGGACCAAUCCGACAACUUCCUGCUACUCCAAGCCGGCGAAAACAGCUUACAGCUGACGUUCGCCAAGAGUGGGGUACUGCGUUCGUACGUGGCCGAGAUUCAGGCGCGGAUUGGUGAGUUUGAACUUUCGCAAGUGGGGAUAGUGACGGCCAAAGCUGACCCAAAGAUUUCAUUUGC